AUGAGAAUUCUACCGCCCAACUGGGAAGGGAUCCAUCCCGCCUAUCCCAGCAGACCCGCUCCCUUCAAUGAGUCUGCCCUGACCAAAGCCCCCUUCUGGGCUGGUGGCGCCGGUGCCCUUGCCGCCGGUCUCGCUUUACUCACAAAGCGCUCGCCUGCCCAAGGUCUCAAGACCGCUGCCUGGACCACCCUCCUCUUCGGCAUUCCCUCUGUUGGUAUCGAACGCUACGCCGGCCACCUCAUUGCCAGACCCUACCUCGAGAGCAAAGGACUCGAAAUUCCCAAGUCCAAAAUCAUCGACCGCCCCUUCAGCAUCGAUGCCGACAACUACAUUCUUGCCGGUGGUCUCAUAGGCCUCGGCUGUGCUGCCUCUGUACGCAAACCAUGGGGCAUCACCGGCUGGCAACGCUGGCUCGGUGCUUUUAGCUGCGGCGCCUUCGCUGGCGCGUCCUUCAACCAGGCCUACCAUUUCAACACCUCUGCCACCCUGGCCGAGACCAUCGCGAGACAACAGACCCAACGCAACAUGUGGAGGGAAGAUGUCAAGCGCUUCAUCGAGAAUAAGGCUAUACAAGACGCUGGUCUCAGUUCCGAUGCCAUUCAACAACAGCCUGGAAUGACCUCCAUGGCCGACAUGCUCAAGAAUGUUGGUGGUGCGCACAACGCAAUGGUCAAGGAAAUGCAUGCCGCCGCCGCACAGGCCGCUCAGGCUGCUCAAGAGGAGGACGUCGACGAGCAAGACCCGCAACCACAUUUCAGUGAGAUGCGCGAAGGAGAGCGUGUCUUCUUCCCAGAACCAAACUACAAGUGGCAGCCGGGCUCUGACGGUGUCCAGCAGAUCGAGUCGCAUAUCCAGAAGCUGAAGGAGAGGCGAUCUCGUCUGGCCGAAGAAGCAUCCAUGCUGUUUUACGAACUUGCUUCCAAGCAGAAUGACUUGUAUCUCACCGACAAGGAUGAUUGGGAGAGGGAGCAGCGUCGCGUCAACGCCGAACUCAUGGGUCAUUUGCACACUCAGACCUACCUCGAAAUUUCACGACUCGAUUGGUGCAUCGCAGACUCACAAAAGACAAGGCUGCAGCUCAAGGCUCUGGAGAACGGCCAACAAUGGUUGCCUCAAAAGCCCGACAACCAAUCAAAGCCCCAACAUGCUCGUCGCCUGCUCGAUGACUUUGACCACGAAAACGAGGUCGCUCGUGCAGAAAUGGACAUGCUCUCUCAACAAGCUGCUGAUGCUCUGCGUGACCCGGGACUUGGCGCUAUCGACAUGACCACGGGCAAAGUGGUCGAGGAUCCCCAUUCGCAGAUCAAGAAGGAUCUCGAAGAAUUGAAGCGCGUCCAGAAAGAAUCUGACAUGAUUCGUGACGCUAUCAUAAAGCUUAGAGAGGAGAUGGGCGUCGAAAAGAGAGACGAUUAG